UCCGGCCACCUCAGCGGGGUAAGAGCAGACGCAAGCAGAGGGAGCUGCUGGAGCGGAGUGCUGAGCGGUCUCCGGGCGGAGAACGAAGGGAGACAAGAGCAACUGCCGUUGUCGGGGGGCGGCAUCGGCUCCCCUGUAACCGGAAGAAAUGGUGUUGCUGACGAUGAUCGCCCGGGUGGCGGACGGGCUUCCACUGGCGGCCUCCAUGCAGGAAGACGAGCAGUCUGGCCGGGACCUUCAACAGUACCAGAGCCAGGCCAAGCAACUGUUUCGCAAAUUGAAUGAACAGUCCCCUACAAGAUGUACCUUGGAAGCAGGAGCCAUGACUUUUCAUUACAUUAUUGAGCAAGGUGUGUGUUACCUGGUUUUGUGUGAAGCUGCUUUCCCCAAAAAGUUGGCAUUUGCCUACCUUGAGGAUUUGCACUCCGAAUUUGAUGAACAACAUGGAAAGAAGGUGCCCACUGUCUCCAGACCCUACUCCUUCAUUGAAUUUGAUACCUACAUUCAGAAAACCAAAAAACAGUACAUUGACAGCCGUGCACGGAGGAACCUGGGCUCCAUCAACACUGAAUUGCAGGAUGUGCAGAGAAUCAUGGUGGCUAAUAUUGAAGAAGUCUUACAGCGAGGGGAAGCCCUCUCAGCAUUGGAUUCCAAAGCCAACAAUUUGUCCAGUUUGUCCAAGAAAUAUCGUCAGGAUGCGAAGUACUUGAACAUGCGUUCCACCUAUGCCAAACUUGCAGCAGUUGCUGUGUUUUUUAUCAUGUUGAUAGUGUAUGUACGAUUCUGGUGGCUUUGAGCACGUUAAUGCCAUCCUUGGCGGGGGAGAGCCUGAAACAUGGCAGGUGUAUGUUUGCAGGACACUGAGUGCACAGGGCUGUGCAUUAGGAUCCAAAUGGGACUUGUGACUCUGGAGACCUAGAAAGAAAGCAAGUGUCCUAAAUGCCAUAGGCCACCCCUUAUUUAGUGAAGCUUAACCCUCUAAAGGAGGUCUUGUUGGGGACUAAAGACUUUCUCUGGGUGGCAAACUGUAUGUGUUAGGGAACAGUAGACUUCUUCUCCACCACCCCCCCACCCCCACCCUGUGUUCUGAACCCUUAGGCAGCAUUGACUAGGGCAUUCCCUUUCUGGAAUGGAUCCAUCCUUGGGAUUCACACUAACCAACUUAAACUUGCACCACCUCGGUCCUUCUUUUAGAGAGGGCAGCCCUGAUGGAAACUGUUGAGCGCCAAUGAACAUUCCUGAUGUGGGUAAUGUUUGUUUUUUUCUGGAAUCUGGAUCUUCAAUGGCCACUCAAACAAGACUCCUGUAUGUGAAGGCUUAUUUCUGUACAUAUCUUAAUGUCUUUUUCUUCCUGUGAGAAGUUAACUUUGUUGUUUUCCUUUUCUGAUAUUUUGCUGAUUGCACAAUUGCUAUGGGGUUAAAUGGAUAUUAAAUGGAGAUGCCUUGAAAUUAUGCUGUAUCCCCUCCCUGACUAGGAAGGUAACCUAUAAUGUCAUACUUAAACAUAAGUUUUAAACCAUUGUGGGAAGUUCUUAAUUUACUUCCUUAACAUCCUUCUUUGUAUAACACAGGGGAGAAGAGUAAGAGUGUCUGAAUAUUGUUACUGGCUGGAGGCUUAGCACCUACUCUAGCUCCUGUCUUGCUUCCAUUUAUUAAUUUGUUUUUUACUUUUUAGUUUCUCCCCAUGUAUAUUUCUGUGAUGGGGGCUGGGAGGAGGGAGGGCAAGAAGAGGUCACUUUGAUCAACAGUCUUAAGCUUCAUGACCAGCAUUUUCAGGUAUAAUCCAGAUUAUAAAAUAGAAAAUGUUCAUAUAUGUAGGGAAUCAAUUUUUGAUUUCAGUUUUUCUGUGUUUUAUUACAAAUAUUCUUAACCAAGGAAGUCAGUCAGAAUUAUCAGUGUUCCUCCUGUUUGUGUAUGCUUUCUAAGAAAGUUACCUUUCUGAGGAUAGAAAUCUCAAAUCUGAUCUCACAUCCACUCUUUCUCCCACCUGUGUGCUCUUUCUUAAGCACCUGGCUCUCUUGUUUCUCCUACCCCUAGGGUGAUAGAAAUCUCCUUUUACUUUUGGAAGUGGGAUUUUUGGAAUGGAGAGAAUUGAUGCAUAAGAACAGAGGUGAGGUGAGGAAAAAUCUAAUGCAGCCUAUCUAGUACCUUCUACCCAUGGAACAAAUACUGCUUGAGAAGAGGUAGAAAGACAUUAACCAGCUUAAUCCUCAGCACUUUAAAAAUAUCUUUAGUUCUAAGUCCAGUAGGUAUGACUUUCUAACUACAAAAGGUUAUUUAAGGUCCAAGCCGUGUUUCCUGAUUAGGAGUUGGGAGGAAAUCAGUUUCCUGCAUAAAAAGACAAGGAAAGAGAUUUGAUUUCUCUCUCCUAAUUUACUUAGAAGCCUCUGAGAAAACCUGGCAGAGUAGCAACUGUUAUCGCCCCAGCGUGGAUAGGAAUCUGCCAACCUCCCCAGAACAAUUGGUGUGACUACAGUUCAUCAGAAACUAAACCCAGAUCAGAACAAUUGAUGACUAGUUUUUUUGAGUAGUCAAAAGUUGCUCUUUGUAAACAGAAAUAGUCCCCCCCCCAAAUAUGUAGCUGAAUGUUCCUGCUAUAUAGGUCUAUAAAAGGCUGAAGAUUGAUCCCAAUGUGGCUCCCUAAGAUUUGGUGCCAUUCAGGAGUGGAGAAUGUGGCAGUGUGAUGAAAGUCGAAUGCUGCCACCUGAGGGUCAGCAAUGAAAUAAAUUUCUUCCAAGAACAUCCCCUUCCUUUGUGGAGUUUCCUGUUGUCUAGUUUAUUCAUGAUGCCUAGCCAUACUUUUACCAUAUAUAAUGUUAGCUAACCUGAAUAUGUUUUUGUUUCAAAGUUCAGAGGAAUAAUAUUGGUGAAUGGAUAAAGGACUAAGGAAAAAAAAUUUUUUUUUCUUUUAUUUGGGAAAUAAAAAACCCAAGAGGACAAGAUUUUCAGCUUAAGGGUCCUGGUAGUGUCUUUUGAUAAAGGACACAGAUUUGAAGACAGCUAAAUAGAAUUAAUCAAAAUGCUAAAACCAAAAAACUCCAAACCAUCGUGGACAGGAAUCCUUGGACUUCCCAGAAUGACUGAUGUGUCUACAGUUCAUCAGAAGGGAACCACCAGAUCUCCCACUUUGAAGAAUUGGAGGUAGAAGGGGUAGAGAAGGCAACUAAAGUAACUUAGGUUUAUAUAAGGUCUCAAAGCUGGGACUGGCACCUUGAUUUUUACCUAGUCUGUGCUGUUUCUUCAUCACACUUACAGUUACAAAAUCUCUGAGUUAGAAAUUACCUCGAGGGCCAUCUUUUCUAACGCCCAAACAGGAGCCUCCCUGUAGAUGAUCUGUAAACAAGGAUUCUUUCUCCCGUUCCUUUGAUGGGGAACUCACUACUCAUUGCUGAAGGCAGCCAGUUCCAGGUUUGUACAGCCCUUCAUGAUUCAGAAGUUUUCCCCUUAAUAUAAAGGUUAAAAUCUGCCUCUUUGCAGUUUGCCAUCAUCGAUUGUCAUCCUGCCCUUUGGAACCAAGUCAAAGAAAUCUCAUCUUUCCUGUGUUUCUUAGCCCUUCUGAUACUUGCCUAUAUUCCCAUCUCAACAUAACUCCUCGGCAUUCCUAUCGCCUUUAACAAGUCAGAUAACCCUCCUGUGCCUCAGUUUCCUUGUCUGCAAAAUGAAAGGGUUGGACCGGACACCCUCUAACGUCCCUCCCACCUCUCGAUCUGUAAUCCUAGGUCUGCCAUCUCCUCCCCUCCCCCAGAGCUUUUUGCAGGUUAAACACCCCCAGUUCCUUCCCCAUAAGGCAUGCCUUUGACUAGAAACUUAGGAUGUUAGGAUUGGAAUAUCUCAAGUUAUACACCUAAAUUCGUAGAAUUAAUGGCAGAGCCAGGUCCGUUGUUGUUACUCAAAAAGUUCUCUUUACCACACUGCUUUUAUUGUUUAAAAUCCAGAAGAAGGACGUUUUUGAGAAUGCCGACAGCCUCCAAAAGUAACGUGAAGGAAAAUUGAAGAUUAAAUGCACUUUAAUCUGCAGUUUUAGAAUACACUGCAAUGACUAAUUAACCGAGCUUCCUUCUAGUUAAAACCUGGGCUCAAAUCCCACCUCGCCCAAGCUGACGCGUGUGGCCAGGGCAAGUCAGUUAAUCUUGUAGUGCCCCGACGACUCCGUGAUAGUUGUAGAGUAGUUGCAGUUGUAGAUAUGAGUGAGGGAGUUUCCUCACUGGGAGCAACUAUCUAGCUCUAAUAGAGGGUCGGAACAUAAAUUGCUGCCUGCCCUUCCCACAAGUCAAGUCACGUCACGUAGCUUUUCUCUGUGUAACUACAUUUCCCCCCUUCACUCAUUAUUCCUCAACAUUCUUCAACCCUUCCACUUGCCUGGUGGCAGUAUUAGCCCCCAACCUCCACCUGUCUCCUCUGGGCCUCAGCCUCAUAAGGUGAUUAUAACCUGCCUGCAUCCCAGACACCUGCGCCAGCAGCACACCCAAACAGUGUCUGGUAAGAGCCCUAACCACCCUCCCUUCCCCCAACCCACACAUCUUUUUCAAUUUUGUUGGAAGAUAGUGAGUUGUGCAGGUUGAACAAAUACGGAUAGGUUUUAGUCUGCAUCAAAAAUCUCACUAUAUUAUUUUUCUCUAAAAGCCCAUCUUUUUUCUAAACAUCCCUAUUUAUGUCAGCCACCAUCCUUCUACCACAAUGUUUCUGUCAGGUUUGCAACCAGUUUUCCAAUUUUCACUUGCUAUCAGUCAGUUGCCUAGCUUUGUCAAUGCUACCUCAAGAACAUCUCAUCCAUCCCCUCUUCAUUCAUAUAGGGGUGCUCAGAAUAUUUUAGAGCUCACUGCCCUAGACCAGUGCAAUAAUCUGGAUUACCUGCUAGGUAUUACUAGCCAUUAGGAAUACAAAGAUAUAUAGAUACAUCUACAUAUAGUCUCAGUUCUCAAGAGGGUCACAGUCUAAUAAGUUCUUGUGAGAGUUGUGGGAGACUGGGCUAAACCGUCUCCCAGUUUUAUGAUUUCUUUGAGACAUCAAUAUUUCCAGCUUGAUAAACAUUGUGAUGUUUUCUAGGUUUAACAAAAAAUAGAUUUUUAAAAAAAAAAUGUUACUUCCUCUUUUGGAGACCAGUUCAAAAACAAUAUUCCCAAGCUGGAUAAACUCUAAAGUAAAACAAAUUAACUGUCAGUCGACUAUGCCUACUAUGUGCCAUUUAUUAAGUGCCUACUAUGUGCUACACCAUUGCUGAUAUGAUGCUAAUAUUACUAUGAUGACUUGGACUAUAAUCAGCAAAUAAUAUCCCACCCUGGGGAUAUGAAAAGAGGCAAAAAACUCCUUGCCUUCAAGGAGCUAGGUGGCUAGAAGUCUGUUGCUGUAGUAAAGCUGAACUCCUUCCUUUUGUAUCCCCCAAAAUCAUAGAUUAUAGCUAGGAGGAAUUUUAGAAGGCAAGAUGGGCAACUACUUCACUUUACAGGAAUCUGAGGUCCUAAGUGACUUGCUCAGUGUCACAGUAAGGUUUUGGGUGGGAAUUGAACUCCGAUCUUCCGACUUCUUAGCCCGGCAUCUUAUUCGGUACACUGCACUGUCUCUUAACAUGUCUUCUGUGAGUAACUCAGCUCCUCUUUUCUUUUUCCCAUUUAUCUCCCCAAAUCAAAGUUCACUGCUCUGCUGUCUCAUUCCUUCUGGGACCCGUUGGAAAUCCCUGAGACCUUUUCAAAAUCCAAACUUUUCAUAAUAAUACUAAGUUGUUUCAAUUUCUAAUAUGGUAUCAAUAGAUACAACUCACAGAAACAAAAACUCCUUGGGAGGCAGGGGGUCCUCAGUGAUUUUGAAGAGUAUGAGGGGUCCUGAGACCAAAAAAUUUGAGAACAGUUGUAUUUGUGAUUUCAAAGCCAUGAAUGUUUGUCUGUGGCAUUAAAUAUUAACAACCCGCAUAAUGCAAGUCUGUGACAACUCUUGACCCUCCGUGAUGUACUGCCAAAUUAAAAUUUGGCUGCUGUGCCCCUUACA